CCAUUUUGUCUCUUCAUUCAAGCUUGAGGAUUUUCUUCUCUAUUUUGAAUUAAAAAUGUCCUCAAUGGAUACUUCUAUGGCCUUUAAGACUUGGGAAAUGUCCAAUAACAUGGAAACAAUUAACAGCGUAGAUGAAAUUUUUAAGUAUGACCGCCAGCAACAGCAAGAAAUUCUGCAAGCAAAACCAUGGCAGAAAGAGUGAGUUCCUCUAUGAAGUAAUUGAAAUUGUCAUGGCUUUUGUGUCAAAUCAUUUAGCGUAUGGAAAAUCUUAUGUAUUUUGGGGCAUCUGACCAUUGCAAAAACCUCGAACGUUCAUUUUUAUGCCUCGACAGCAAAAAAUUAGUACAUGGUAUCCAUGUAUAAUUUACCACUUACUAACUUCGAUUUCAUUAUUAUUCAAUCUAUAGCCCUCACUACUUCAAGUACAUUAAAAUUUCAGCGCUGGCCUUGUUGAAAAUGGUAGGAAACUGUUUACUCUUCUAGACAGGCAGCUGACUUAUUUUAAGCCCUCCCAUAUUCCUAUAGAAUUAUACUUGUCCUGGAUUUUCUAUUUGAAUAAUUUAUAUACAUGUACACCACUCUAACUAACCAAGUUUGUGGUCCGGGCUGUGUUGUGUUACAUCAUGAUUAAGUUUUCUGCUUGGAGUUAUGGCCUGAGUGCUAAGCAUGCAGGCCAUAACUCCAAGCAGACCAAUACAAAAAAAAGUUAAGGUUCCUUUCAAAACCAAACUCAGCUGGCCUCUCGUAUCCCAAGUACACAUCAAGGCAAGAAAGAGGAAAAAAAAAAACAUCAUUUUUUACAAUAGAUAAUGGAUAAUAUCUCUCUAUUUUUUCCAUCCAUCACAUGUAAUACAUUAUAGAAGAUGGCUUAAUCAGUCGAAUAGUUGUGUUAAGUUUGUUUCUUGGUUAAGAAUGAGGCUGGUGAGCAUCUUACACCACAAAUGAGCCCCUAUGGGGCUGUUUAAGGACCAGACACUAUUCUCUCAUAUAAUCAGAUUUCUUUGCAAGUAAUUACCUCCAUACCAUUAUUAUGAGUAAAUGUACAUGUUCAUGGUUGGUAGGGAGGUAAAUAACCUUUCUAAGGAUAAAACUUAGUCUGGCAUGAGACUUUCUUUUUAUUUAUUAGGUGAUGCAUGCCAGGUCAGGGGGAACAUUGGAAGUCAUGGGACUAAUGUUGGGCAAAGUUGAUGGCAACACCAUGAUUGUCAUGGAUGCAUUUGCUUUACCAGUUGAAGGAACAGAGACAAGAGUCAAUGCACAAGCUGCAGCUUAUGAAUACAUGGCAGAAUACAUUGAGUCAUCUAAAUUGGUAAGAAAAAGCCUUCAUUAUGUUAUGAGGAUUGUUGCUAACCUUCAUUCAGUGAUAUGAUGCACACAUGGCUUUUAUUGAUUGCAUUAAAUGCUUUCUGUCGCUGAAAAUGAACUUGCAAAGAGAAAAACUAUUCAGAAACAAAAAAGCACAAAGUAUGCUAAAAGGUGUAAAUCUUGGCACUGCAGUUGGUUAUGUUUUAUGUCAACCUUACUUUCAAGACAUAAACAUACAGGGUGCUAGGGUGAAAAAUACAAUUUAGCAAUAUGAGUCUCGUCCAUGGCAGGUUGGUCGUCUGGAGAAUGCCAUUGGUUGGUAUCAUAGUCACCCUGGCUAUGGUUGUUGGCUGUCAGGAAUUGAUGUUGGUACACAGAUGGUGAAUCAACAGUUCCAGGAACCUUUUGUUGCUAUUGUGGUUAGUGUAACAGUAAAACAGUAAUUGGUUUGAAUGCAGAAGUAAACAGGAUGUGAAAUUUUUUUUUUUCUGAUAGCCACUUGGCUCCUAAAUUCUUCAAAGUGGUAGCCAAUUCAAAGAAAGUUGGUCGUCAUUUUCAAAGACCAACAAAACUGUUUUUUUUUACGCUGUCAGCAUUCUAGAUAGACCCUCCAAAAUUAUAUAAGGAAAAAGAUCUUUAACCUGCUACAAAGUGGACACUAGGAUUGAUGGUAUACAACCUUCAAGCUCACCUGCAACUUAAAUCCAAUAUGGUGUCUAGUUAUCGAGAUGCAUGUGCUGCAUUUUGGAAUCAAACUUAACGAGGAAGUUUGCUGUGGAUUUAUCUUUGCAGAUCCUAGUAAUUCACUAUAUCUACAAGUAAAGUCAUGAUGAAACAUUCUAGUUGCCAAUUUGGCAACUAAUUUUCAGGAUUUGGUCACCAAAGUGAAAAAUUUAGCCGCAUUGGUGCCUGUAUUAGGCGCAAUUUCACACCCUGGUAAAACAUGAUCAUGUCGUGUGAUUGUCCAGCUGAGACUUCCACUCAGGUUGUUGAAAAGUCAGUGGUUACUACUGACAUCAGUCUCUCUCAGGACUACUUUCUCAUGGACGAUACAUGUUCACAUCCAACAGUAAUAUCAAUAAAUAACAACAAAUGCAAAUCUCAACUUGUGCAUUUAAACUUUAUAAGUUCCUUUUAAAAGCUUUCUUGAUUGACACUCUACUUGCCCUAAACCUUAAGGUCAUCUGCUUCUGCCAUAGAUUGAUCCCACACGAACUAUUUCAGCUGGAAAGGUAAAUUUAGGAGCAUUCCGCACAUAUCCCAAGGUAAGAUUGAGGAGAAAUUUGAUGAUAAUAAGAACUGAGGAAAUUUUUGUUUUAGAAGGAGCUAAAUACUUAUGCAAGUUAAAUGUUUCCUUUGAUAUCCAGGGAUACAAGCCACCAGAUGAAGGACCUUCUGAAUAUCAGACUAUUCCUUUGAACAAGAUAGAAGACUUCGGAGUCCAUUGCAAACAGUAAGCAGACACUCCCUAACAGUUAUAUGUUAAGUGCAGAAGAGAACCGAUAAAUGAUGAUUUUAUUCAUAGUUUAAAUACUGACAUUCUAUGAACUGUGCCCAGGACUUAAAUUCAUAUAAUUACAUCUCUGUCCUCUUAAUUUUCAUAUGACAAGGAAGUCAGGGAAAAAAUUUCGUCUGCUUGUCUCAGUUAAGCAGAGGUCCGAAAGAUGGUUUUCAGUAAAUUAAAAAGUUCUUAUAAACCCCUUGUAAGCACUACUGGACAAGAAACUUAAUGUAUAGAGGACCAAAAUCUGAAAAGCACAGGAUGAAAUGAAAGAAAAGUUCAUUGAUUUGGGAAGAAUAAUCCAUAUUGUCCGUAUAACUGCCAUAUUUUUAAAUAUUUGCAGAUAUUAUUCAUUGGAGGUUGCAUAUUUCAAAUCAGCAUUAGAUAGAAAGCUUCUUGAGAUGUUGUGGAAUAAAUACUGGGUAAAUACACUGUCAUCUUCAAGUCUACUUACGGUGAGUGGAUAAUGCAAUGUUUUUUUCCUACUCUUACAUUUCAUGUAAGUAAAUCCAAGAGUGGCAUUUUGUGUAACAAAUGGAUCCAGUUUCUGUAGUAUUCAUGGCUGUGUAUGCAUAUGUGUUUUGGCUGGCAGUUUAGCCUGUAUGCAUAUGUGUGUUGGCUGGCAGUUUAGCCUGUAACCCUGCAUCCUGUUCUGAGUGCUGUGUUUCUUUUAUUUUCAGAAUGCAGACUAUACCAACCAUCAAAUAGCAGAUCUCUCUGAAAAACUAGAACAAGCUGAAUCUCAAGUAAGAAAAAGUCUCAUUUUUCAAGGGGGAAUGAGAGAAUGCAAAUUGCAUUUCAUUCAAUGAAACAGAAUUGAUUCUACUUCUAUAUCAUAGUUGGUCAUCUUCUUUGAUUCCUCUGUGUUUUAAAAUUUCAUUUUCUUUGAUUAAAUAUUCUUCCAAUUGUAAGUAAAUUUUACUUUGAAAUCAAAUUGAUGCCAUAUGCUUUUCAUAAGUUUUUCAUUAUUAGCAAACAUCAAACAUUCUAAACGUUGUCUAAAUCACAUGUUGUUGAUUUGCAAAGUGCCUUGUGUCUGUUAGGUAGGUCGCAUGGGGAGUUUCAUGAUUGGUAUGGAUCAAGACAAAAAGGAGGAAGGAAAGCUCGCAAAAACCACUAGAGAUAGGUAUAUUGAAAAACUUACAUAAUUGAUUAAGGGGGAACAUUUCUGUGGUGCUGCAUUGCUAACAAGAUAAUUUGGUGUUAUCAGUUGAUUUGAUAGCAGAAAUUGGCCACCCUAAGGUGUUUCUAAGCUGGUGUUUUGAGCAUUAGCCCUUUGUCAGAGGAAAGUAACAUAGUUAUGUAUAGUGUAUGAUGAGUGACGAUGCCAGGUCUUUCCAGUUUCCCAAGCAAAUAGUGACAAGAAGCAUUGACACUCAUCCCAAAGGGGAUGCUAUGGCAUGGCAGGUUCCCUCUCAGAAAUUCAUCAAGUUUCCCUGAAAUUUUGCCAUUUUAUACACCUGGGUGAAGGAUGGGUAUUAUCAGAGUGAAGUGUCUGGGGCAAGGACACUGGACAAUAAGCAAGUUAUGGCUGAACCCAGGAUCUUUCAACCUGAAGUCAAAAGGGUUAAUUAAUCACUUGACCAAAAUAUGAUGUUAUGCCAAACAAUAUUGUCAUUCUUCACAGUACUAAAAAGGUUUGCAAAGCAAUUUUUUUGAUGAUGAUAUGCAUAUUUGCUGCUUUAUAUAUGUUUUUCAGCUCCAAAACAUCCAUUGAGGCUAUACAUGGUCUCAUGUCCCAAGUCAUUAAGAAUAAACUCUUCAACCAAGUGGGUGGAAAGGAGUCAACUUAAAUUCCAAGUAAAUUUGUUGCUAAGAUUUCAAUGUCCUUUGCUCACGCUAAGAUUGUUACAGAAAAUCUUGAAGAAAUUGUAAAUAUAUUUGUAGAAUAAAGUGUUAAGUUUGCACCUAUCAAAUUAUUAUUUUGCUAAAAUUGAUAUCUAAACUGGGCUCAUGCACAGGUUAUGAAAAUUUAAAAUGAUGUGUUAUUUUGUAGCCUAGUGCAGACCUGUUUAGGUAAGGAAAGUCUGAGAAAGCUCAACUAGUUCAGAAUAUAGCUGAAGACAAAUUACAAUUGUUAUUGAUUUAAUAGAAAAUUUCCUGAGGGAUUGAUUUGGAACCCUGUGUAAUUCCCGGAA